AAACCAAAAUGAAAACUAUUGUGUUCAUUGGCGUUCUGGUGCUAUUAGUGUCUCUAGCACAGACGUAUCCUGAUUUCGAUGAAGUGAACGAAUUGGAGGCAGCAAAUCCGAAUCCAGCUAACAAGUUGAAUCACCGCCAGAAACGUGGCUCUUGUAAUCUUUCUCCCGCUGCUUGUUUCUUUCACUGCAUUGCUUUGGGACGUAAAGGCGGUUAUUGCAAUGGAAGCAAGAUUUGCAUUUGCCGCCAAUAAUACUUAUUUCAAGAGUUUUAUAUUGUGUAAAAAAUAUGAUUAUUGUUAAAAUUGUAAACAUUCACUAGAAAACAACCAAGAAAGGUGAUUGGCUUUCGGGUCAAUUAUGUACAAACAUAAUUACAAAUAUUAUUAUUAUUAUAAAAAAAAUA